UCAGUGCUGGGGCAUCUUGAAGAUGCAUCAGGAGAAAUACAUCCACCAAAGUUGGUUCUCAAAAAAAUUAAUAGUAAGAGAAGUCUGAAACAGCCGCUGGAGCAAAGUCAAACAAUUUCACCUUUAUCCACAUAUGAAGAGAGCAAAGUUUCAAAGUAUGCAUUUGAACUUGUGGAUAAACAAGCUUUACUGGACUCAGAAGGCAAUGCUGACAUAGAUCAGGUUGAUAACUUGCAAGAGGGGCCCAGCAAACCUGUGCAUAGUAGCACUAAUUAUGAUGAUGCCAUGCAGUUUUUGAAGAAGAAGCGCUAUCUCCAAGCAGCAAGUAACAAUAGCAGGGAGUAUGCUCUGAACGUGGGCACUAUAGCUUCUCAGCCUUCUGUAACACAAGCAGCUGUGGCAAGUGUCAUUGAUGAAAGCACCACAGCAUCCAUAUUAGAUUCACAGGCACUGAACGUGGAGAUUAAGAGUAAUCAUGACAAAAAUGUUAUUCCAGAUGAGGUACUGCAGACUCUGUUGGAUCAUUAUUCCCAUAAAGCUAAUGGGCAGCAUGAGAUUUCCUUCAGUGUUGCAGAUACUGAAGUGACUUCCAGCAUAUCAAUAAACUCUUCAGAAGUACCUGAGGUCACUCAGUCAGAGAAUGUUGGAUCAAGCUCCCAAGCAUCCUCAUCAGAUAAAGCCAACAUGUUGCGAUAUAUAAAGUUUCUGCAGCAGGCUUUGGACAGAACUAGCCAAAAUGAUGCCUAUUUGAAUAGCCCGAGCCUUAACUUUGUGACUGAUAACCAGACCCUUCCAAAUCAGCCAGCAUUUUCUUCCAUAGACAAGCAAGUCUACGCAGCCAUGCCCAUCAAUAGCUUUCGAUCAGGGAUGAAUUCUCCACUAAGAACAACUCCAGAUAAGUCCCACUUUGGACUAAUAGUUGGUGAUUCACAGCACUCAUUUCCCUUUUCAGGUGAUGAGACAAACCAUGCUUCUGCCACAUCAACACAGGACUUUUUGGAUCAAGUGACUUCUCAGAAGAAAGCUGAGGCUCAGCCUGUCCAUCAAGCCUACCAAAUGAGCUCCUUUGAACAGCCCUUCCGUGCUCCUUAUCAUGGAUCCAGAGCUGGAAUAGCUACUCAAUUUAGCACUGCCAAUGGACAGGUGAACCUUCGGGGACCAGGGACAAGUGCUGAAUUUCCAGAAUUUCCCUUGGUGAAUGUAAAUGAUAAUAGAGCUGGGAUGACAUCUUCACCAGAUGCCACAACUGGCCAGACUUUUGGCUAAAAAAAAAAGUGUAAAUAAUACUGGCACUUUAGAACAGAUUAAUCAAGAAUGGGGUUACUCUGUGUAAAAUGGAGUGCUGUACAGAUUUAAGAGCAAUGCGUUAUAACAAGUUAAGCUGAUAUGAAUAGCAAGAUAAUCCAAUAACUGCAUUUUGUUUGGUUAGUCAGCAUUCUUUGAACUGCCUUACAUGUUGUCACCUUUAUAGAAGCAAUGCAUUACUUGUUUUAGAUCAGAAACUUGCUAUUCCACCUACACCAAGUUAAAAA